CGCUGAGCUGCAGUGUCUGUGUUGUACUGCAUCAGCUGGUGUCUGACGAGAAUAACCGUCACUGGGGACGAAAUUAAAUUAAUUUUAACCGAGACAUACCGCUACUUUUUGCCCCAAAUUUAGCCUACUCUACCUAAACCACAUCGCUCAUAUACUAACCGUACUUUCUUUGGCUUCCAGUUUGAAGGAGGAUCAGCAAGCAUGUUCUACACCUGUGGUCCCAACGAGGCUAUGGUGGUGUCAGGGCUGUGUCGUUCUCCCCCGCUGAUGAUACCUGGAGGCCGAGUGUUCGUCAUCCCGUGCAUCCAGAAGUUACAGAGGAUUUCCCUGAACACUCUGACUCUGAAUGUGAAGAGCGAUAAAGUGUACACCCGCCAUGGGGUGCCCAUCUCUGUCACUGGGAUAGCCCAGAUGAAGAUCCAGGGUCAGAAUAAACAGAUGCUGGCCGCAGCAUGCCAAAUGUUCAUGGGGAAGUCAGAGGCCGAGAUCGCUCAGAUCGCCUUGGAGACGCUGGAGGGCCACCAGCGGGCCAUCAUCGCCCACCUGACCGUCGAGGAGAUCUACAAGGACAGAAAGAAGUUCUCAGAGCAGGUUUUUAAGGUGGCAUCCUCUGACCUGGUCAACAUGGGUAUCAGCGUGGUCAGCUACACGCUCAAAGAUGUUCACGAUGACCAGGAUUAUCUGCAUUCACUGGGGAAAGCUCGAACUGCCCAGGUUCAGAAAGACGCUCGCAUUGGAGAGGCCAAGAACAAGAGAGAUGCUGUGAUCAGGGAGGCCCAUGCAAUGCAGGAGAAAGUCUCGGCUCAGUACAAGAAUGAGAUCGACAUGGCAAAGGCCCAGAGGGACUACGAGCUGAAGAAGGCAGCCUAUGACAUUGAGGUUAACACAAAGAAGGCGGAGUCAGAGAUGGCCUAUCAGCUGCAGGUAGCGAAGACGAAGCAGCGUAUUGAGGAGGAGAGGAUGCAGGUCCAGGUGGUCGAGCGGACGCAGCAAAUCACGCUGCAGGAGCAGGAGAUCACCCGCAGGGAGAAGGAGCUGGAGGCCAAGGUGAAGAAACCUGCAGAGGCUGAGAGGUACCGCCUGGAGAAACUGGCUGAGGCUCAGCGUCUUAAGUUGAUCAUGGAGGCUGAGGCCGAAGCUGAGUCCAUCAGGAUUAAAGGUGAGGCUGAGGCCUUUGCAGUGGAGGCCAAGGGUCGAGCUGAGGCGGAGCAGAUGGCGAAGAAAGCGGAGGCCUUCCAGCAGUACAAGGAUGGAGCCAUGGUGGACAUGCUGCUGGAGAAACUGCCUCUGAUGGCAGAAGAGAUUAGCAAGCCUCUGUGUGGAGCCAACAAGGUGACCAUGGUGUCCAGUGGAGGAGGGGAGGUGGGUGCAGCCAAACUGUCAGGAGAGGUGCUGGACAUCAUGCUCCGCCUCCCCGAGGCUGUGGAGAAACUGACUGGAGUCAGCAUCUCCCAGGUGACCUCUAACACAGAGUGAAGCGAAUCAACCAGUCUGGUUACCAGGCAGAACCAUUUUUCUUUGCAUGAGUCUGCUAACACUAAUAACCUUUUUCCUCUGCUCUAAUUUCUGUCUUACAUCAUCUGUAUAGCCGUUUCCCCUCCUGUAGCUCUGUCGACAUCUUACUGUGAUGUUUCUGUGUUGUAACGUACACUUUUUUAAUGUUUGUCUUUUUAUGUUUUUCGGUCACUGAUACUGAGGUCUGUCUCGGCUAAAGUAGUGCUCUUCUGGCUACAGUUGCAGUUGCUAUUUCAGUUUUUUGUUUUCAUAUAGUCCACUGAUACUGCAUUAUAAUCAGCAUUAACAAAAAGCAUUCAAAUUACAAAACUUGCCACGUGUUUUCUUUUCAAGAUUUAGGCCUUUGAUUUAAUUUACAUUGGCUUGACCACAUUUUAAAAUGCAGCAUAACAACCAACAAAUGUAACUGUAGCCUCUGUGUAACCCAUAAGUUGUAAAUGUUCACUUUGUCUUAACAGUCUUCUGUCUUUUCCUACCUUCUUCUUUCUGCACUGUCAAGUUUUGUGUGUCUGUGUCACACUAAUGAGAAAGUCUGUGUCUGUGUUUAUCCUAAAUGUCUCCUCCAUAACUGCCUGUUCACUGCCUUGGUGCCAAACCUUAAGUGCAUCUUAACAAGAACGUUUAACACGCAUUCAAAAACUUAAAUUACUAAAGCUACUAACAUUACGAGACUGGACAUUAUGAGACCAACACCACAGCCUGUGGUUUUAGCAUCACCCAUUUCUCACCAUGUGAUUCUGACUGAACUCAUCAAGGAAGAGUUAUCAUAUCAUCAAUCCUUUAAAAGUCUUUAAACAGGGUUUCCACAGUCAUGGAGAAGCUGGAAAAGUUACGGAACUCCAAUGUCUUGUUUUUCAGGCCUGGAAAAGUCGUGAAAUUAGUAAAAUCGCUUAAAGUUUUGGAAGAGCAAUGGAGUUAGUAAAAUCAUGGAUAGUUUUGGAAAAGUCAUGGAAAAUAAAAUCAAAUAAAAAUUUAUUGUUACAGUAAUCUUUUGCGGAUAACCUUCCACAUAAUGUAGCAUAAUGGCGAAUGAAGGAAGAAGCUUCUUGGAUGAGAGGCGAGACGUUUUCAAGAAAUGCAAGCAAGUCCAGUUGCUUACGAUAUAGCACUUACGAUUACCAUGACCUGAAUGACUGAGAAUCUUCACCGACAUAAUGGCGAAUGUUUUUUCUGUAGCUGUUGAUGUAACGAAGCUCUUAUAUGCGCCGUUGCAUGACAUUUUGCUCACCCUCCAUGUUUGGCAGCUAGCAGGAAAUUUUUUUGAAUAGAAUAAUGUGCCAGUGUGAUCUGACAUGGUGGGUAAUGAAUCCCAAAGUUUUCAUACCGAUGCCCCAUUUAUACUUUUUUAAUUAUACCGCAUUUUUGAAAUUGCAUGGGCAGCCAAGGGCGUUCAAUUGUCACGUGCCAGUGCACACUUUGCUUUCAUGUUUACUGCUCUGAAAAUAGAGUGUGGUAGUUCAAAGGUGCAGAGCAUUCUUUUUUCCGAACAAAUUAACCAAUGGGCCAACCAAACUGUCGGCUGUCACUCCCCCACUCUGGGAGCUCUACUGCUCCCUGUCCACAGAAUUAUAGUAAUAAUAAUAAUAAUAAUAAUAUAAUUAACAUUUGGAGUAAAGUGUACUAUACAGAUCUGUUCAUGUUAUAUGUUGUGAAUGGCCAUGAAAAUGUGUGGGAACCCUGUUUAAAGUUGUCAUGGAUGGUUGCAAACUAACAGGUAAUCAAAAUUGUAAUCUGUAAAUCUGAUGCCUUUCUCAAUCAUCACUAACAUCUUCUGAUCUUGUCCUGCUUAAUCAGGGUUAACAUUUUGAGGAUUCUGGGAAAAUAAAUAACUUAAGGACCCUUUGCUUAAGGCAUACCACUAUAAAACAACAUCAAAUAUUUAAAACCUGUGCAGGAGCCCCAUACCACAAUUAUCUCAAUUACUGUAUGCAAAACUAUUAGCAAAUGUUGUGCAGGUUCACUAACCCAUCUUUAGCUCACUAACUUACGCUUACUAACCAUUUCCACACUAAACAUGUCUGUUCUCUAACUGAUAGUUUGAUAUCUAUCAUCAGAGCAAUGCAAUGAUCACUUCAGACCUCACAGCCCUUUCUACUGGAUGCUUACAGUGUUGGCAAUUCAGGAAAUUCGGCUCAAUUUACUCUGAACCUCAGUGUAUGUCUAUCUAGACAACAGAAUAUAGUACAUACAAUUUUUGAAUAUAAAAUCGUAUGUUACAAGAGAAUGUGAAAGCUUUUGAUUUAAAGUUUAUGAUCAAGCAAAAUAAGAAUUUAUAAUUUAUUGUCAUACGCUGAUGCUGUAAUGACCACCAUGGUUAAAGUCCCUUAUCUCCGUCCAUCAUUAACAGUAGGUCCACAGGUCAGGACACUUGAACAAAACAGAUGUAGGCUAAAACAAGAGCUUGACCGUGGAUCUUUUGGUUCAGGUUCACUUGAGAUUUUGCCACCUUGCUGACCAGUAAUACACACACUCUACUAGAUGUAUACCUAAAGUAAAGCGGUACUGUUUGUGUUAUUAUGACAAGCCAUGUAGCAGCUCUCAUUAAAGUGUAGCUUGUGGAAGUAAAGGGAAAUGUGGUGUGAAGUAUAGCUUUAGCCUUCUGUUGUAGCAAUGGGAAUACUACAGUGUCAUUUUGAGAUAACUGUAUUGAAAUGCUGAACUAUGUAUUAUUAUUUUUUUUUUUAUGAGAGCCUAACAUGAAGAGGUAUGCAGAUGCUGAACAGUCAGUGAGAUUACUUAUUGUCAGAUGAUGCCAGUGUUUACUGCAGGGAAAGGGAAAGGCUUUGAUCAGAUUGGUGGUCAGAAAUGGACAAAAUAAGACGUUGGUUCAUUUAUUUAUUUUCUUCACCUCACUCUAGUCAAUCUUGCUGUAUUGUGUACUUAUUUAACUUAUUUAUUAUUAUGAUAAAGUUAAUACCAAACAAGCCAUUGUAAGGAAUUGAAAAUCUCUUGCACAGUAAUUUCUCAUCUUGGAGUCAGUGCACCCAGAAUGAUAAGCCAGUGAAGGUUUAGGAGCUAACUUUGAGUAUUGGUUCCUAAAAAUAGUUCCAGCUUGCCUUAUACCAUAACCCUAUCCUACUGUCACCCUCCACCUAUAACCUCUGGGGCUGGGUAUUCAAAACAUGUUUUAUCUUUUGUUGUAUUAGCAUAAAAAGAAAACAUUAAAAGGGGACACCCCCCCCCCCCCCCGACACACACACACACACACACAAAAACAUAAAAAUACAUACUUUUCGUUUUACCUGUAGUGCUGCUUAUUUAUCUAAAUAUUUUAGUGAGUUGCCAAUUGUUGGAGAUAUUGGCUGUAAAGAUGUCAGCAUUCUCUCCAAUAUAACGGACCUAGAUGGCACUCAGCUUAUGGUGCUCAAAGAGCCAGAAAAAGGGUUAGAAAACUCCACACCCAUGUCUCUUACCAGAGAUCAUGACCCGCUCACUCAAGAUAAUCCACAGACCUUUUUGUGAGCAGUUUCAUGUAGGAACUAUAUUCUCUCUUUCUAUUACCAUGCAGAAGGAAGUGUGCAUCUACUCAGUAGCCCUUUUUAGAUAGGAAUUGUGCAAAUUUGCAGGAAAACCCAAUCAGUCUUUUUUCAGCAUUGACAGCUUAAAAACAAAAUCGGGGAGUGCAGCAAAAUGCUGCCUACCUUCUUUUGUUUAACUACAGAUUGCGCCUUUUUUGGGGCAAUGGGGGGCAUGAGCAAGUAACAAAGCGUGUAGAUCAGCGUGUGAAGUAAACAGUGACGUGGGAGGGAAGCUGCGGCUGGUCAGUCUGUCUGCAAUUCUCUCGUAAGUCGGCCCAUUCUUCACCGUUCCCGUCAUCUGACGGUUAAUGGCCUCUUAAUUUGCAAGUGCAAGGACGGCGCACAGUUCCUUGUCUCCCCAGUUACUCAUCUUUACAGUGUCUGUCAGGUUUGCAUUUCCCUCUUGCUACUAGCUGCUCACUAAUUCCUGCUAUCAGCGUUUCCUGUUUAUCCACCGC